AUGUCAAAUAAUCAGAUAGCUGAAAGUGUCUACUCGACUUCGGGUACGCCAUCAAUGGAACACGAUACUAAGGAGAAAAAUGAAGCCUUUGUAUCAGCGGUCUCUUCAAGCGAUAACGAGGAACACCGAUCGGAUAUCGCCAAUAAUGAUAGACAAUCUAAUGGGAAUGAUAUACCUUGGCAAUGGAAGCUUGUUUCAGUCAUCCUAGUGUCGAUGAUUGGUUUUGGUUCUCAUUGGAGUUCGGGAAUCACAGGUGCAAUGAAAUCAACAAUCAAGAAGGAGAUGAAGAUUGAUAAUAAGCAAUAUGCUUUAUUAAGUGCCAGUCAAGACUUUAUGGUAACAGCUUUGAUGAUGGUUAGUGGUCUUGUUACGGAUAGAAUAGGAGGAGCAGGCGCCAUCUUUUAUGGCAACAUCAUCUUCACAAUUGGAUCUAUUCUCAUUGCUGGAGCUGCUCAAACCAGGAACUAUCAAUUCAUGAUCGGUGGUACAAUUGUUCAAGCUUUUGGAGAUAUUGCUACUCAAGUUGCACAAUACAAAGUUUUCUCUUCAUGGUUCGCUCCCAAUCAUGGAUUCGCUUCGACACUUGCGCUUGAAUUAGGAAUCGGUAAAAUCGGUGCAUUUGUUGGUAAAUCAUCCGCAAAUAUCAUCUCGAAGAACACAGGAAACUUUGCAAAUGUCUAUUGGGUUUCAGUAGGCAUGAAUGUCUUCUGUAACUUGAUGACUCUUGGCUUCUACGUCUUUACUCGUUUCGCCAAUAAGAAGUUUCCUUCUACAUCUGAUCCAGCUACUGGUGAGAAACUUACAGAAGGUAACAAGAGAUUUGAACUACGCAAAGUUCUUGAAUUACCUUGGAUAUUCUGGGUCAUUUUGGCAUUUUCAUUGUUUGAAACUUCGACUGCUGGUCUCUUUACUAGUAAUGCUACAGAAAUGGCUGAGCAAAGAUUGGGUGUAUCAUCUAUACAGGCCGGAUGGUACACAUCAGCUAUUCAAUAUGGUGGAUUCUUCUUCGUUCCUCUGAUUGGAAUAUUUGUUGAUGUAUGGGGAAAUAGGGUUACUCUCUUUGCUGUCACCGGCUUUGCUUGUUUAAUAUCAAUGUCCAUCGUGAACUGGGCUCCUUCAAUCAAGGGUACAGAUGCUGCAUUUGGAAUUUAUGCUUUCGCAUACUGUUUCGGUCCAACUUUGAUCAUCGAUAGUAUCAGAACAUCAAUGUGGCAUCAAGGAGUUUUCGGAUCCGCAUACGCUCUCAAAGUCACCAUGAAUAACGCCAUGAGCAUCAUCGUUGGUAUCGUCGCUGGAGUAAUCCAAGACGCAGAUGACAAUUCCUACGACAACGUCACCAUUCUCUACGUUGCUCUUUCUGCAGCAUCAGCAUUCAUGGCACUGAUCAUGAUUGGACUCGCCUAUUAUUGCGUUGAUUUCCGAAUGUUGCAAUGGACGCGCAAACAGCGAAUCGCUAAUGGUGACUUGAUCAAUGAGCGAAAGCAAAAAUUCCAUAAUGAAAAUGGACCGCGAAAUCGUAAGAUCUCAAAGUAUUGUAUUGGGGCCUUGGUGAUGUUGGUUUUGGGUUCGUGGUGUGCGUAUUUUUGGGGUGUGGCUACGGGAAAUAAUAAUGCGUAA